GCGAGUUUGCACUUUGUGAACGCUCUCCUGCUCAGAUCUUGUCUCACUCUAUCCCAACCUUAUCGCCUCGCUCCUCAGCUGGACGCAUUUCUCCUGCUAGCACCAUGGAAUCCAAGAUCAAGGAGAUGACUGAACAGCUCUCCAAGCUCGAGGGGCUGGCAGGCGGGAACGACGGUCACACUCUGCUUCAGCAGCACCAGAAGGAGAUGCUCGCCAAGCUCCGGGAGAUUCGCGCGGCCAUGGCGACGGAGACGGGAGAGUUGGACUCGGUAAAGGAGGCCAACGCGGAGGUGGCGAAGUUGCGGGAAGUCAUCAAGAGGAGAGACUACCGCAUAUUGCACCUCACGAGGGCCUUGGAAUCGGGGGCGUCUUCUUCUGCUGACCCUGGGUCGGCGUGAUAGUUGACUCGAUGCUCCUGCUGUAUUGUCAGCGAGCACCACGUUUGUCUUGUCGCCCGCCGUGAUGACGGAGUGGGUUUGGAACGGUUGCGUCACUAGCGAACCACGACCGCGUAUCUGUCGUUGGACAAGUCACCAAGGGAAUAGGCUAAACGAGCAUCAUCCCACGAGGGUCAUGUACAGAGCUUUUUCUUCUUCGUUUUGGGUGCGUCGCGUGCUGUUGCCGUUGCUGCUGCGGCUGCUUUCACUGCCGUGUCCAGACGGCAGGGGGAAGCGCGGUGUUAUCAACAUGUCAUGUCUGGUUGCACUGACUACCGGCAAGGGUUGUUUGCUUGCCGUACAUUUGUACUUCGUAAGUUGAGAGUAUCGUCGAGAGAAAGUACUGCGUCUGACGCUACCGGCUGCUAGAUCUACAAUUUUGUCAUGCACUCAACAACCCAUCUGGGGUGCUCGUGGGCAGCAUGAAACCACGUUCUUUUCCCGUUGUCAUCUGUUUCUGUCCUGGAUGCAUGCGUCUGGUGUAUGCAUACCUAACGCCUGCGUGUUGCUCUCGUAUUGCGUGCACAGCCGUUGCUGUGCAAAGAUGCGCGUGUUUGUUUGUCGCUUCCGUGAUCAUGCUUGCCAUAACCCAGAAGUUGAACCCAGAAGUUGUAGUCCCGCUAAGAAAUUCAUGGCACAACCCAGAAGUUGCAGUCCCGCUAAGAAUCUCAUGGCACAAUAGUGGAGGAGAACAAAGUGGACCUUACGUAUGUUAGCUUUGACGGACGGAAGUACAGAUUCAGCAUACCACAUGGGAGCAGUCGGCGGCGACAUUGCUUUCUUUCGGAGCAACGCUGCGGGUAGCAACGCAGGACGUGUUGGCUUGGUUUUCGGCGGUUUGAUUUAAAGAUGGGGAGGAGACACCUUACUGCUGGUGUUGCGUUUAUUGUCGACUUUUGUGUUGUGUGUUAGGGAGGGGAGAUGUUGGUGUCUUGUGGUUAUGCUGUUGCUGCUGUUUGGAACGAUGCGCGAGGAACCAACAAUAAACUCAUUGGUGUACACCACACCUUCGUGACAGGCAAGUGUCUUCCGACAGCUUGGCGCCAGCGCCUUCCAACUCUUGCGAACGACGGCCCGAAGGGUUCACAAUUUGUUCGCCGACGACUGGGAUGUCGGCAAGGUUUAUAAGCUGCUGUGGCAAACGUCCGUGUUCGUGCUCCCAAUGAUUUCGAGAGGUCGUUUGGUAGACGUGUCUCAGGCACUCUUGCCUCCAGUCUCCCGUGUGGUACACAAUCAAGGCCUCCGCGGGCCCAAACGGUGUCUGACGUAUCAUGAGUGUGCAGUGCGUUCCUCUUUUUCGACUUUGGGGGAUGCAUGAGCCCAACGCCCCUCGUCUCGUACAAUCCCCCUUUUUCCCAGCUCCUCGGCUUGAUGUUCUCCGCCUCUCUUGUGAUGCGACAACUACCGGAAAAUACUGAUUGGUAUAAAAAUAAUAUUUUAGUUUGAAACUCAUCACCGUCACCAUGCGUCAGACGAACGUGUGUCAUCCAAAACAUCGUGUGAAGAUACUAACCAUCAUGGCCCAUACAGACAGAUUUGUCUACCCCGACAGACAGUGGGUGGUUCAACCCCCCAACAUAGAGUACACCACCACCACCACUCACUCCACUUCGCACACCGAUUCGAUUCUUGGUGAUUAAAUAUCGACCAAGAGUACGCACACUUCUCUCACCGAAAUCCGAUCCUUGGUGACAGAAGAAUAAACCAACUGAAUGACGUCUCGCGUGCACGCAAACACCAAGUGAAACCUCUUGCAGACCACUACCUGCCGAAGGUACGCACUACAAUACCUGCUACUAUACGUCACACUUUCUGUACGCAUAUGACCCCCUCUAGACAACAACCCGCGCUUCUCCGCUCCACGCGAUGAGUUUGUGAUCCCGCCGCUUCCCAUACGAAAAAGUAUACAACAAAUAUUGCGGCUGAAGCACUUUAUCCUACCCAUCCAUUGGUAUGUCCGAGUUUUACAGGCAUGGCCCCCCAACAUAUGCAUGCGUAUGUAUAUGCACCUUCCUAGCAAUAUCG